AUGACUGAAAAUGGAAAUAAGGAUACAGCUAGGAUGGCCCUGAGAGCGAAUAGGAUCACCUUUUCAGCAGGUGCAAAGCUCGGUGGUGGAUUGUAUAUGAUUGAGGCGAGAUGGGGACACGCUAGUAUAUCAACUGGAAGGAAGAUAUAUGUGUUUGGUGGACAAGGUGAGUCACUAUACUCCUCGCUCAGUGCAUACGAUCCCUACACAAGUGUUUGGAACGAGUUACAUACACUUGGAAAGGCACCAUCAUCACGCUACGGUCACUCGGCCACACUCAUCAACACAUCAGACAACAACAACAAUCCAACAAUGGUCAUGAUCUUUGGUGGACGUAACAACAAGAAGUACUUGAAUGAUCUAUAUUGUCUCAAUCUAAAUACAAUGUCAUGGAGUACAUUCCACUUUGAUAAAGUUGAACCAGAUGCUAGAGCUGGACACACAUGUACAUUCGUCCCUGGCGCCGUCACCACAAGUGGCGGCUCAAGUUGCAAUAGAUUGGUAUUGUUUGGUGGCUGUCACUCAAGCAAGUAUCUACGCAGUCCCUAUGUUUUGGAGCUGCCUCGAUCACAGAACGACACAAUCCGUUGGGUCAAACCAACGACGCGAGGCAGUGGACCAGGUGGAAGAACGGGACACACGGCCAACCACGUCAAGGGCACUGAGAACGUAGUCAUCUUUGGUGGCUACGAUGGCAAACGAUCAUUCAACGACAUUUAUAUAUUCAAUCUUCGUGACUACUCAUGGAGCAAGGUCAAUGCUGGUGGCAUCAGUCCAUCACCUCGCAAUGGUCACACGGCCAAUGCCGUUGGCAACAAAUACCUUGUGGUCCAUGGUGGCUGCAAUGAAGCCAACUUCCUAAAUGAUGUACAUAUAUUAGACAUGGAGAGAUGGUGUUGGCUUCCACAACCAUCAAUCACUGGCUUGACAUUGUUCACACGAUUCCAUCAUACUAGCAACCUGUUGGAUAGUGGCGAGAUGGUUGUAUAUGGUGGUUGUUCAUCUGGAGUACUGUACAGCGAUAUGUGUUCAUUGGACCUUACAUGUCUGAUGGAUACUGCUCCACAUGUUCAAUCAUCUCAAUCAUCAUCACAACAACAACAACAACAACAACCAUCCACUACAGCAACAACUCUCAUCACUUCAUCUGCUCCCCCAUCACUUCCACCAUCACCCUCACCUGCCCCAUCAUCCACUGCCACCGCCACUGCCAUCGCCACACCCUCAACAGAGCAACCAACACAUGCCAAGCAUACUCAUACUCAUUCUCAUUGUAAUGACUCAAUCUCUGGAAACACCAUCACGAUCGUUGACUACAAACAUAAUCCCAAGUACUUGGAAUCACAACUCACCAAUGCACUGUCACUGCUCGUUCAGGAGCAGAAGCAAAAGACAUUGUUGUCCACUGAGCUCCAGCAAUCAAAGGAGAAGCAUGUGGUCGCCAAUCAGAGCAUUGUGGUCGAGCAAAGCAAGUACGAGUCGCUCGAGAAGGAGAUGCUCAAACUCGAGGUCACACUCAAGAAGGAGCAGAACCAGAAGAGCAAGGCACUGGACACGGUCAACAAGCUGAACAACGCACUCAAGGAGAAGGACAGUCUAAUCCAGUCGCUGCAGCAGUUCACCUCUUCCAAGUCAUCAACGAUCGCCAGCAAACCAAGGAAGUCACUUAACAACAGUUUCAAUGAUGCCGACGUCCAAAGCACUGCUGAGCAGCAACAACAACCACCAAUCUCUGUCAACCACACAUUCAUCGACGACAUGUCCUCCAUCUCCUCGUUAUCAUUGUCGCAGUCACUCAAGCGCGAGAAUGAGGAACUGAGGGCCAAGCUCGAACAGCUGCAAUCAAAUCAACUCAAUAUACAAGCGCUGAUGAACAAACAAUUCCAUGGUGGUGUUGGCGGCAUAACGGUCGAGAAGAUAUUGGGCGACGACUUGGAACACAAACUGUCAAUGAGCGAUCUUGAACAUCUCGAGGAGUUCCAUCAUCGCAGUCUCAGAUCGGUUGGUGCCGCCAAACAACAGUUGCUGCAACGACAACUGCUACAACUGCAAAAGGAGAAGGAAGAAUCAUCCACAUGUCUAAUCUGUGCCGACCGUGCCAUCAACAUUGUUCUCCUUCCAUGCAAGCACAGAUGUCUCUGCCACGACUGUUCAGACGUUCUAAAGUUGUGUCCACUAUGUCGCUCACCCAUCACUGACAAGAUCCAGUAUUAUUAA